AUGGCGAAGGAGGAUCAUGGGAAAACGGUCUGGCUUGCGAAGAAAUCAUUCCAUUCACUGCAUGCACCCAUGCAGUCACUCUACUCACUACGCUUUCACCCGCAUUGUUGCCACUAUCUGCGACCUGCUUCAGCCUCUCGGGCCCACACUCCGCAAUCGCCUCGUCUGAAGACUAAGAGUAAGAGGCGACACACCGAAGGAGCAAAUGUCAUUCCGUUUGCUCCUCUUCAAGUGCGCAUCGCCAAUGAGAUUCUGCCGAGGCGAUCGAGAAUAUGGGGUCAGAAUUCAGAAAGAAAGCCAUGCCGUCUCGGUUACGGGGUGGCUGAACUUCUGAAAUCAAGGUCCCAUGCCCAGGGAAUAAUAUGA